UGAGUAUACGUGAGAAAUCCAAUAUUGAUAAAUGUAAAGUUCAAAGUCCAAGAAAAUAGAUUCCCUUUUGAUCAAAAUUCAAUUUUUUUUUGAGCGAGAGCCUUCUCUCUAAAUCUUCGAGCCUCCUAGGGCGUUUUACGCCGCUGGGUUUUGUUGUGUCCGAUCUCGGCGGUCUGCCGAGGAUCGCGAGCGAGUGGAGUCGGAACGAAGACGGAUAGCAGUAGUUUAGUUUCGAUCGACGGACGGGAGGAUACGCAUGGAAGAUUUCGUGGCCUCGUACAAGAAACUUUCGAUGAGCGAGCAAGAGAAUGAGUUGAAUUUUGAUGAAGAUGUAGCGGAGGACGUCGAGGAAGAGGCAGGGCCGACUGGUUUUCCGGCAGUAGGAGUAGUGAUAUCUGAUCAAAAGAUUAAACUAGCAGGAUUCCAGGAGCUGAUGACCUCAAUCUGGAAACCUGUUAAAGGUAUGACUAUCUAGGAAAUCGGCGACAAAAGGUACCUGUUAAUUUUUAAUCAUGUUUAGGAUAUGAAUCGUGUUAUUGAGGAUGGUCCUUGGCUGUUUGAGCGCGAUUUGAUUUUACUAAAAGCUGUUCAGCCUGAUGAGAAGCUCGUUGCCCAAGGUCGCCGAGCAGAUGGAGCCUCCAAAUUCCUGAUCGAUAAGUUGAGUGUCAAUAUGAGGUGUUAGGUUCUUCGAUGACCAGAGACGUUCCUCGGCGUGGUAGAGAUUGGGUGUUGCUCAGUCGUAUCAGCCUCCGCGGUCGCCGUCUGGAGCUACAUAUGAGUUUAGCUUCUGAUUGCAUCUGUUGCAUACCGUAUCCGCCCUCUGGGUAAUGGACUGAAGUCGCAUCCGUCAACACUCAACAACCACACUCAAAAAAGUUGGAUGCAAAAAGAUGUAGAUGAAUGUUCAAAUCACCCGUGCAUUGAAGAAGCAAAAUGCAUUGACAGUCCUGGUAACUACACUUGUACGUGCCCAAAUAAUUACGAAGGAGAUGGCCGGAACAAAAAUGGAAAUGGCUGUAAGCGCAAAUCUAAUAGCAAUAAUACCUUGCUAUUAGUUGGUUUGAGCAUUAGUAUUGGGGUGAUAGCAUUGUUUGUAGUAAGCUUAUUCAUAUAUUGGGGAUUGAGGAAGAGGAGACUGAGCAAACUUAGAGAGAAAUUUUUCCAUCAAAAUGGUGGAAUUUUGUUACAACAACAAAUAGCUGGAAAUGGAGGGACAAGUGACGCAAGAAUGAAAAUCUUCACUUUGAAAGAUCUUGAGAAAGCCACCAACAGUUUUGAUGAAAAAAGGAUCUUAGGUCAAGGCGGAUAUGGAACAGUUUAUAAAGGAGUACUCAAUGAUAUAGGAGUGGUUGCAAUAAAAAGGUCCAAGAUAUGUGAGAAAAGUCAAGUUGAACAAUUCAUCAAUGAGGUCAUCAUUCUCUGGCAAAUCAAUCAUAGAAAUGUUGUCAAGCUCUUCGGUUGUUGUUUAGAGACAGAAGUUCCAUUAGUAGUCUAUGAGUUUAUAACUAACAACACUCUAUAUGCGCAUCUCCAUAAAAAAGACCAAUCGUCUAAUCUUUCAUGGACGACCCGUUUAAGAGUGGCAUCUGAAUCUGCCGGAGCGCUAUCAUAUUUACACUCUGCUGCUUCUCCUCCAAUCAUUCACAGAGAUAUAAAGACAGCCAAUAUACUACUAGAUGAUAGGCUCACCGCAAAAGUCGCCGACUUCGGAGCUUCAAGGCUUGUUCCUCUUGACCGAACUCAAGUCACAACUUUAGUGCAGGGAACGUUUGGAUAUCUAGACCCGGAAUACUUCCACACGAGUCAAUUGACACAUAAAAGUGACGUUUAUAGUUUCGGGAUUGUUCUGGCAGAGCUUUUAACCGGAGAGAAGGCAAUUUCAUUUGAUAGGGAAGAGGAUGAUAUGAACCUAGGGGCUUAUUUUGUUUCUUCACUUGAAGAUGGUCGACUGUCUCAAAUUAUGGAUCAUCGGAUAGUAAAUGAUGUGAACUUCAAGCAAUUCAUGGAAGUUGCAAAGAUUGCGAGCCAGUGUUUGAAAGUGAAGAGAGAGGAAAGGCCGACUAUGAGAGAAGUGGCGAUGGAGAUAGAGGGAUUGAGAGGUGUUGAGAGGGGAUCAUUGGGGGAAAAUGGAAUGUCUUCUCGCACAAUUAAUGUCAGAGAUUCGUUCAUAAGUAGUGGUAAAACAACCGACGGAGAAAGCAUGGAGCCAUUUUCUUGGUCAUUGAGUAGUGGGAGGUGAUGGUAAUUUGAAUUGUCUCACCACAUUAUUUUAACUUUUCCAAUGUUUUCUUUACAAUAAUUGUAUCAAACUUAAAUGACCAUCUUUUUAACAAUACCAACUAGAGAAAAUAUACUUCGUAUUAUUUUAUCAAAUGAUUGUCCCC